CAGGCUGCUGAUUGGCUGAGACACAUCCCGCCUCCUGCCAUCCUGAGGGUCGGGGGCAGAGGGAAGUGUCUCCUGGUGGGCAGGGAGACCUACCAGUGUGACUUGCCAGCCCAGGACUGCCCCCUCCCAGCCCCGUCAGAGUCCUGGGCCUGAGAAGCUCUGUCUCCCACGGGAGGCAGUGGCCUCGCCCUUUCUCUGCCUCCAGCACCCAGGGCCGCUGCAGAUGGCAGUGUCUCUGGGGACAGCAGCUACGACUGAGUCCACAGGCCGACAUUGAGCUGCUCAGGCCGAGGCGGUGCGCUCAGCACAGAGCCCCUGGAACAGGCAUCUGCAGGUCGUGAGCUGAGGCCGCCGCGAUGCCGCACUUCCUGGACUGGUUCGUGCCCGUGUACCUGGUCAUCUCCGUGCUCAUCCUGGUGGGCUUCGGCGCCUGCAUCUACUACUUCGAGCCUGGCCUGCAGGAGGCGCACAAGUGGCGCAUGCAGCGCCCCCUGGUGGACCGUGACCUCCGCAAGACCCUGAUGGUCCGCGACAACUUGGCCUUCGGAGGCCCAGAGGUCUGAGCUGACCGGCGCCGGGCACCGGGCGCCCUCCCCCGCCUCGCCCAGCCUGGAGACCCUGAGGCAGAGAGAGGACAACGUCUGCUCCUCCGGGCCACCCCUCUGGAGCUGGGCCCUCCCGGCAGAAGCUUCUGGGUGCCCCGGGUGGACACUGGCUGCACCUGGUGAGAUAGGGGCACCUGGGUAUCUUGAGGUGUCACUGCUGCUGGCCCGGGGCUUGCUUUCCACCUCAAGCCAGUUCUCUCCACACCUGCCCUCCCCAGCUCUGGGUUUAUCCCCCGCUGGCCUCCAGUGCCUUUGUGCUGCCCAGCACUCUCGCCCCUCGCCUGGAGUCAGGCACCGCUGCCCCUGCCUGUCCUAAGUGUCUAGAUUCCCACUUCCCCACUGAAUCCCCGGUGACACUCAACGGCCCGCUCCACCCGAGGAGGCAACCUCCCUGCAGCCUCACAUGGCAGGCUUCAAAGCUGACCCAAGGGAAAGGCCCUAUUUGGAGGGGUGUCUGCUCCUUCCAGUUCAGCCCCACCCCUCUGGACUCAGACUUGGCAAUGGUGAGCGUGUGUGACGGGGUGUGCAGAGGGGUGAGACCACAGAGGACGGAGGGGUGUGUGUGUGUGAAAGAGAGAGAGACAGAGAGA